CACACACACACACACACACGCACACACACUCACAAUCACACGCACAGACACACACACACACACACACUCUAGACACAAACACACUUACACUCUCACUCACACACACACACACACACACAUGUUGUCGAUCAAGGGAAAGCGGGAAACAAGAGAUUCAGUGAACAGGAGUCGUGAGGAGGUGGUUUAGUGGCUAGGGAAGGAGGUGGUUUAGUGGCUAGGGAAGGAGGUGGUUUAGUGGCUAGGGAAGGAGGUGAUUUAGUGGCUAGGGAAGGAGGUGGUUUAGUGGCUAGGAAAGGAGGUGGUUUAGUGGCUAGGAAAGGAGGUGAUGUAGGGGCUAGGGAAGGAGGUGAUGUAGUGGCUAGGGAAGAAGGUGAUGUAGUGGCUAGGAAAGGAGGUGAUUUAGUAGCUAGGGAAGGAGGUGAUUUAGUGGGUAGGGAAGGAGGUGGUUUAGUGACUAGGAAAGGAGGUGGUUUAGUGGCUAGGAAAGGAGGUGAUGUAGUGGCUAGGAAAGGAGGUGGUUUAGUGGCUAGGGAAGGAGGUGGUUUAGUGGCUAGGGAAGGAGGGGGUUUAGUGGCUAGGAAAGGAGGUGAUUUAGUGGCUAGGAAAUGAGGUGGUUUAGUGGCUAGGGAAGGAGGUGAUUUAGUGGCUAGGAAAGGAGGUGAUUUAGUAGCUAGGGAAGGAGGUGAUUUAGUGGCUAGGGAAGGAGGUAAUUUAGUGUCUAGGGAAGGAGGUAAUUUACUGGUUAGGAAAGGAGGUGAUCUGGUUUGUCCGAACGUAACCGAAGAAGAAGGCGGGUAACCCGGAUGUUGACGCGGAGGUUAACCCGGAUGUGAAGUCACAGUAGUUUCCGGUCUUCCCUCCUCACCAAAGUCUCUCGGAGUUCUGCCCGAACCUGCGGCUCCAAUUCCCGCUGCAGCUCAACAUCAGCCUCGGAGCAACAUGGCGGCGGUUCGAAGUUUCUGCGGUCAGACGGAGCUCAUCAUGGCGGCGGCAGUGGAGUGUGUUGUGUGUGUCCUCCAGGAGACACUUGGACACACGGACAGGGAGGACACCGGGAUUCAGCUGAACUCCAUCCUCAGCGUCAUGUCAAGAGAGGCUGUUCGUAAAAUCUGCAGAGUUUUUACAGAACUUUAUGUGAGUUUAGAGAAAGAGAACAAAGCUUGGAAGGACGAAGUGAAACAUCUGAAGUCUGAACUGAAGAGCCAGGAGAACUGUGCAGCCAAGACCUGCCAGACUCAAACACUCUAUAAGAUCAUACCAGCAGAUGGGCGUGCUCUGUCGCUGGACAUCGACCAAUCAGCAGGUAACCCUGCUGCUCUCACCAUGGCCAUCCUCAAGUCCACUAAAACAAUAUGUGGCGGCACCCAGGUCCCACUGGUCCCCAUCAGCCAGCCGCUGGCCUCACCAGUCACAGGCCAGAGCAGCAGUGGCCCCCAUGUGCUGCAGGAGACAGCAGACAGGCCCCCUCCUGACAUCGAGACUGAGGUGGUUUUAGAAUCGUUUCAAAAUCGAUCUCCAGAUUUGAUCCGGUCCUCUUCACACAUGACAUCACUUCCUGUGGUUAAUGAUCAGCCAAUUGGUGAGCUCGCAGAUGAAUCAUUGAACGUCAGUGAAGAUCUCCCUACACCUGAAGAAGAGCCAGCUCUGGAUAAACCGUUGAUGGAGACAGAAACUGAUGAAGAUGAAGAUGAGACGAGGAGUCGGCCAGGGCUGACUGAUGACCAGCAGAGGGAAGCAGAGCGGCGGAGGAGGAGGGAGCUGUACAGACAGAAGAGGUUUUUCUGUGAACUGUGUAACAAAGGUUUUCAUCAGAAACAUCAGCUGAACAAACAUGCAUCGUGUCACCUGAAGCCGUUUCCAUGCAGCUUGUGUGAUAAAGGUUUCUACAAAAUCACCACGCUGCACAAACACCAGCUGAGCCACCAGCUGAGGGCGGCACAGGAGAAUGACCCCGACAAGCUGCUGCGUUGUGACCAGUGCGACAGGAAGUUCAGACUGCUGCGACAGCUCAGAGCCCACCAGGCCGCCCACCGGCUCGAGAAGACGCCACUCGGCUGCCACGCCUGCGAUCGCACCUUCACCUCCUCUAGUGCUCUCCGCUAUCACGAGUUGUCGCACACCAAAGUCAAGCCCUUCAUGUGCGACGUCUGCGGGAAGAGCUUCACACGGAAGAAGAGCCUCCGAGAACACCAGACCGUUCACACCGGUGCCCGCCCGUACAUGUGUCAGACUUGUGGGAAGAGCUUCUCCACCGCCAGCAACCUUCGCGUUCACAAGAGAUCGCAUUCAGAUGAGCGACCGUUCAAAUGCAGCGAAUGCGACAAGGCCUUCAAGUGUCGCAUGGGUCUGCUGCAGCACGCCAUCGUCCACUCCGGAGAAAAACCCUUCAUGUGUCAGACCUGUGGCCUUAGCUUCGGACUCAAGUACAACCUGCAAAGACACCUGCGGCUGCACAAUGGAGAGAAACCUUUCAGGUGUGAUCAAUGCGGGGAGGGAUUCACCGGGACCUGGGCUCUGAAGACUCACAUGCUGGUUCACGGAGUGGAGAAGCCAUUCAUGUGUGAUUUGUGUGGGAAGACGUUUUUCUACAACUGUCAGUUGCAGAAACACCAGCAGCUGGUCCAUCACAGUAAAGACGGAGGGACGGACAGAGGAAAGGGAAGACGCAGUUCGUCUGGGAUCAAACCAUUCGGCUGUAAAAUCUGUCUGAAGAGCUUCAGCAGCAGCACCACGCUGAGGACGCACGAGAAGAGUCAUGCAGAGAACAAGCAGUUCACCUGUGACACCUGUGGGAAGUCGUUCCACCUACGACACAUGUACCUGUACCACAUGAGGCAGCACAGCGGCGACCGGCCGUACGUCUGUGGCAUCUGUCAGAAAGGCUUUCUGCUGUCGUCCCAGCUGAAGCAGCACCAACUGCUGCACACCGGAGUCAAACCUCACCGGUGUGAACAGUGUGGGAAAGAGUUCAGGACGCCACAGAACUACCACCGCCACCUGCUGGUCCACACCGGAGAGAAACCCUAUCAGUGUGUGGUGUGCAGCAGGAAGUUCAGGCAGUCCAACCAGCUCAAGUCUCACAUGCAGAUCCACACGGGCGUGAAGCUGUACUCCUGUGACCGCUGCAGUCAGGGCUUCUCCGACUCUCGGCAGCUCAAGAAACAUUGUUGUGGAGACGACGGCCUGAACGACCUGGAGUCCGGCAACAAGCAGAGGAACCACGGGGACGAGUUCCCCUGGACACAGGAGUUUACCAACAGUGACAGCUGACAGCUUUCUUAGAGAUCGGUCAAGAUUUGGGAUAAAUGGCUUCAGUCUGCGUCAGCCAGGACUUCAAUGAAAGAUGGACCACAUGACAGCUCCCUCGCCCCCUGGUGUCUGGAUGCAGUAUAGGUCAUAAACCUCCAUGUUAGCAGAUGGGACCAAACAAAAAAAUCAAAGUAGAUGUUAAAUAAAUGUUUGUCAAAGAUGUUUCUGUCAUUUCAGGUCGUUCUUAUCUCAAUGGUGUUUGUUCAAGUUUCUGAUCAGUUUGGUUUGAAUUAGUUAUUUGAUGAUAUAAAAGCAGGCGGAGACGUCCUGAUUGGUCGAAUCCAUUCCACGACCUUCACUGCACAGACUCAUCAAAUUACAUCAUCAACACAAGAUAGCAGCAUCUUUAUAUACAUUCACUGAUUGUAUACAUAGUGAUUGAUCGUCUUUAUUUAGUCAUUUAUCGUCUUUAUAUAGAUUUAUUUAAAUGGCAUCAGUGUGAGAGAGAACAACAACUGUUUUCUUUGUAUAUUAUUUGUUUUAUUUUUUUAUGAUAGAAACGAAUUUACAGAGAAUAAUUUUCGUCUGAAUGGUUCAGUUCAUGGGAAUAAUGAAACAUUUCAUUUGUUUUGAUCGAUCACAUUCGCUUGUUUUUUGAUAAAUAUGUUUUUAUCAUGAAAUAAAUAAACACCUAGUUUCAGAAAGUG